AGCUUGGUGGCCACCAUGUCAUUGUGCAGCACCAGAAAUGGAGGCAUAGGUGGACAGUGCCCUGGGGCACUGUCUGAAGGGACUGUGAACAACAGCUGUGCCCAGGUAAGAAGAAAAGCUACAGCAGGAAGUUGUGCUUUAGAUGUGCCCACUAACACCAUGAUGUCUGGAAAGGGCAAAGAGGGUGCGGAAAGCAGUGCUGAUUCCUACAUUUCAUGCCACAUAGACUCCGAGUUUCGCUAUAACCUCUUCACUGUUUUCUACAGCAUUAUUUUCAUUUUGGGCUUUGUUGCCAACUGCUAUGUUCUCUGGAUUUUCAGCCAUAUUUACCCCACCAAGAAACUCAAUGAAAUCAAGAUAUUCAUGGUGAACCUGACAGUAGCUGACUUGCUCUUCUUAGUUACAAUGCCAAUGUGGAUUGUUUACUACCACCACCAUGGAGACUGGAUCAUGCCUGAGUUCCUCUGUAAUGUGGCUGGGUGUUUAUUUUUUGUUAAUACUUACUCUUCUGUUGCCUUUCUGAUGGUCAUCACAUACAAUCGUUACCAAGCUGUGACUAAUCCUAUUAAAGCUGCUCAGCUGACCACCCAGAGGAGAGGUAUCUACCUAUCAGCAGCUAUCUGGAUCAUAAUAGUGGGCAGCUCUUUGUAUUACCUUUUUGACAAUAAUACUAAUCAGGAGGAGGUUGACUCCAGGAAUUUCACGCGGUGCUUUGAGCGCUAUGACUCCUCGAGUGAUGUUUCAGCUGUUCUCGCCAUUCAUGUCAUCAUCUGCAUCCUCUUCUAUAUCAUUUUCUUUUUAAUACUAGGUUGGAACAUUGUCAUUAUCAGGACCUUGUUCUCCAAGUCAGUGCAUCCACGGAAGAGCACUCACGUCAAGCAAAGGGCCCUCUGGAUGGUGUGCACAGUGCUGGCUGUAUUCAUCAUAAGCUUUGUGCCCCAUCACAUCGUGGACCUGCCCUGGACUCUGACUGUUCUGGAGCAGUGGAAGAAGGAAAACUGUCAGCUGCGCCAGCAGCUCAAUGAUGCUCACCAGGUGACUUUGUGCCUCUUGAGUACAAACUGUGUGUUGGACCCGAUCAUCUACUGCUUCCUCACCAAGAAGUUCCAGAAGCAUCUUUCUGAAAACCUGAAAAGCAUGAAAGGGAGUCGCAAGUGCUCCAGGCAAACAACAGACACGGUGAUCGAGGGCACCAUUCAUCAAGAGGAAGCCAUUAGGAUCUGUUAGGGCCACUCUGCAUGUUCUGAUUGCACAUGGAGAGGUGUGAAUUAUUCACUCAUCUUUUCUCAGGAAGAGGCGCCAAGGGACACAACAGAGGACCAGGAUUUUAUAUUUUCUUUUUCCCGUUAGAUAGAAGAAUGGACACUUUCUUCUAUCACAUGCAAUUGGCAGAACUGGAACCUGCAGUAAUCUGGCAGCAAAGCUCCUUCUGUCCGGGCUGGUGUUCUCAUGGGCACUGAGAACAGCUCAGAUGACCUGCUUUAAUGUGAAAGAAGUAUGUCACUGAGCCUCUCCAGUGAGCAGCUAGAAGCUGAGCACGCCAAAAUUACCCAUCCCUGCUCCUCUGCCUGCCCAGCUCUCGCAGAGGAUCCAGUAUCAGAGCUGUAAGGGACUUCUAAAAGAUCUGGAAGAACAGACUGAGCUGUGAGUAUCAUCUGGUGGCUUUUCUAAGCAGCUUACAUGGUCCUGUGAAGAGAGUCUGAGCUGACAAAGCUCUUGGGUGGCUGUAAGGGACGUAGUCCAUGGACAUCCUCAACUGCUGUCAAAGAGAUCUGCACCUCUGAUCCCUUCAUCCCUUCUUACCGACUCACCUGGUCUUCUGGGAUCCAAACUCAAUAGAUGUCUGGGAGUAGCUAUUAUGAAUCUUUGCUUCCAGAUCUUGAGUCAGUAAAGUAGGGAAGGAAAGGAAGAGAAAUUGGCAGUGCCUCAGCACAACUCCCUCCCCCUCCACCAGAUCAGCAUUAUGGCCAAAGGCCACUAUGGUCUGCCUUGGCUUCCUGUGUGAGAGCAGAACUGGCCAGCCAGUGGCCUCAUGCACUCAGUUUAGUAAUUUCUGACUGACUGCAUCUGUUUGUGACACCCAGUCUUGCUCAGGAGGCUCCAGAUAACAGAGGACUACUGUCAGCAUGGGCAUUAUGAUAAGAAAAAAAAGCUUAAAAUGCUUCUGGAUCUUUGUACUUAUUUAUUUAAAUUGGGGUUAUAGUCAUUACAUUAUUCCUUCCUCCAGCCUUUCCAGUUCUGCUGCAAAGAAACGAAGCUGAUUAGUUCUUGAUCUACAGCAAGGGAAGUGUUAGGUCAGGGCACUUGACAGACAAAUAAUUCACACACUCCAACAGCACUGGAGACCCCUCACCCAGGGCCAGAUGCAGUCCACUGGUGCCCAGGGCAAAGUGGUUUUCCAUGGGUGCUGAGUUCUGUUACCAGUCAUGAGACACUCCGGGUUCCUUUUCUGACCCAAAUUGCUCAAUCUAGCACAGGAAAUUGGGCAGAGAAGGGAACUUACUUGUUUUCACAACAGUUGUUGGUUCCCUAAAUGAUCUAGUCUGUUGAUGACAGGAAGAGUGCAUCUGACCUGUGACACCAAUUAUUCAUGUGCAGGACAGCAGCCUUCCCACACCUGCCUGAGAACGGGAGAGAUAAGCUCAAGCCUUUCCAAAGACAGGGCCAAUAUUUGUACUGCUUUGCCUGUAUCCAGUGGAGAUAUGGGUCCUUCAGAUGUAUGCUCUGGAGCUCCUCAGGCAGCUUGUGUCCUUAUUUGUGCCAAUGAGGAAAAGAACGAAGAUAUUUAUUGUUCUAAGGCCAUUUCCAGGGCCAGCCCUGCACUCCAGGCCCAGUGCCAGACAGAGGAAACAGUCUGAUCACAAUAGGAAUGCAUCUCCCUCCUAGUCCUGGGCUCUGUUCCAGUAAUGGCCACCCACAACAAACACUUGCCAGCACCUCGUGCUCCUCAGGCACGUUCAAAGAUGCACCCUGAUUCUGCAGAGCCACAGCACACGGGAAGGGAACAAUUUCUGUAAUUUAAAAGCCUAAAUCUGGCUUGCUGGAGGAAUCUGCCUCUGUUUCUGCACUGUUCUGUGGGCAUAUUCUGGAUGAGGAGCUUGGCAGCUGGUGGGGAGGGGGGGACCUGCUUUCCCCCCUUGGCUCCCAGCAAUAGUGGAGCUCUCAUUUCACAGAUCCCAAACCCCCGAAUAGAUGGAGUUUGGCAACUAUCGGAAGAAAUGGAAAGAAAUUUUACAUGGAGAGCUGGUAGGUGCAUGAUCUACCAAUUCCUGGAAAGCUCGCAAGAGUUUAUAGUUUAGCUCUUCACCAUGGGUACAUAAGAGGCUUUAUUCCAUGGCUAGCACUGUGGGCUCAGGGAACAAACAUUAACUUGCAUCUCAGGAAAAGGCUAAGUGGAGGGAAAGGCCCCAAGGCCACUUCAGGAGAUGUUGCAGUAAUUAGUCAGUAAAAAUGCAUUUCUAAAAACCAGGCUAAGCUGCUACUUCUGUUCCUGGAAUUACUUUCUUGUUUUUACUGCAAUGUUGUAUUACUCUGCUUUACCUUGCAAUGAAAUGGAUCCUCAAAAGUUCUUUUAAAUAAAGUGUGUUCUCCAAGUGUUUUGCCCUUUAA